CUGCUGAUGCUGUCUGACACGAGAGCUAGUUGGCGAGAUUGCUGAUCCACUGCUGCAGUAGGCCUGUAGGGCAAAGUCACGUUACCUCAGGAAGGGGAGGGAGAAAAGAGAAGCGAACAACUGCACAGGGGGCACCCUCAUUCAGGCUGCGAUGUUACUGAUGCACGGCUGAUUCUGAACACGAGGAGGGAGUAGUGAUGGGAUGGGGACCGACUCACACUACUGUCUGCUCAGUUGGCUCGAUUAAGCGCUUAGGAAGAAAAGCAGUAGUGAGAUUGUUUCUUAAAGGCUAAACUGAGCAGUGCCUACCCGCAAAACUGAAUGAUCUCUGCCAUGACACGACCUUCUGCCUGGUCACCAAAUUUGAUGGAUUAUAGUGCUGUUGACCGGAGUCAAGGCUACUCAGUACUUACUCUAUCCGAGUAGGUGCAAUCCCAUCAGAAUGUCUAAUAGAACAUUUAUGAUGUCCACCGACCAAGUUGAGGGGACAGCUCCUCAGCCUCACAGAGCCCUGCAGCUGGUUAUAUCCCCCGAGAGUCACUACCUGUCAAUGUCACCUGACUCUGAAAGCAGUAUUUCCAACCCGAGUGAUGGAGAAGCCAGAAGCUCCACUGACGUAAACACACUGGAGUGCUGCAUCAAUGAAUGUUCCCCCUUAAAUAACCUCUGCAACAGCACCUUAUCACAGGGGGCGAGCACAAACAUGAAUCAGACUUUCAUUGCCACACCUGUAAAUGGGAGCAUGAAUUUUUGGAAUGAAAACUUGAACCUGAUGAGCGGCGAAGAUCAUGGAUCAGAGAAGUGCCAGACCUUUAGUAAACUCACAGAAGAAGAAGGGAGUGCAGGGAUCUCUCCAGACUCUGCUGGCAGGGACAGCCAACUUAGUUCUUAUGAGAAUUCUUGUAGAGGAUCCACUGAGAAUGAUUGCUGCUUCCUGAGCUCUGGGGAAAUGGUAAUGAGGAACAACAGUUUCAGUCUUGAGGACCAGUCUGUCUUGGUAGUCUCUUCCCUGGAUGAAUCGUCCCUCUCUCCAGCUGCAGGUCGUCCAGCAUUGCCUACUGACUCUAACCUGCUGUCAUCAGCUCUUCCAAUUGUUCGUGAAAAAUCAACAGAGAGGGCUACUGAGGAGAACACAGGCAAUCCUUGUCUUGGCAUGACUUUCACUCAGCCAGACAACUGGGAGCUCCUCACUGAGGAAAAUGAUAAAGCAACACCCAGCUCUCUUGUACCUCUGCCAAGUGAGAAUGAAGGGAGUCUUUUGAUGACUUUUAUCUACGAAACAUCUACAGAAUCCAGAAAAGAGACAGAGUUUCCCAGUGCUGAAGGAGAUCCCGUGCCUUAUUUUUUGGGGACAAUUACACCAGAACAAGGCAAGAACUUUGCAACCCUAAACCCUAACCCUGUGCAAGAGAGUGAUAAAGAUAUUCAUACUUCCACUCCGGUACAAAACACUGGGAACCAGAUACCCGGCCCCCCUUCCUUUUCUCAGUCUCCUUGUACUGGAAAUGCAAGCAGCCCUAAACUCCACCCUGUUAAAGAGCGUCAGUCUCCUGUUACUCCUAAACAGCGUCUGGCAAACAGAGUGCCACCUUCUGGUAGCAAAGUAAAGAAAAUUGAAAUUAAGAAAUUUCCAAAGCCGGACUUCAGUAGUGUGAAAUCUAAAAUCAUCACUCGAGCUACACAUCAAAUAGCAGUGCGGAAACCAACACAAGUUAAUGUCAACAAUAAACAUAAUGGCGUGCAAAGAGCAGCCACUGUCAGGGUUAGUCCUGUCAAAACGAGGAGUAGGAAUGCUAGUGGGCAUAACAUUGUGAAUGGACAGGACAAGAUCAGAGCAUCCCCACCUGAAAAAUACCCAGUAGCAACUGACUGUGCCUCAGCAAUCCAAUGCAGUAAUGCAAACUCUGAAACAAAGCAGGUGGUCUCAAACCAAGAAUCAGCACAGCAAUCUGGCAGCGAGACAACCUGCUUCUCAUCCUUGGAUAAAACACCUGUUAGAAGUGGUCAAAAAGAUCGCAAACCAACUGCAAAGAAGGGUGUGUCAGAGAAAAUUGAGGUCAGGUCAGACUCGGCUGUAGGUCAGGACAGGCCUCAUCUCUGCAAGACUCGACCUCGCUGCUCAUCUGAGAGUUCACCAUCUAGGCCACCCAAGGAGAAAAGAUCUCUCACAUUCUCAGCCAGUUUUACUGUUCCCAGAGCUGACUGCCACCGUAGCCACACUAAACCAGGGACCCUGAACAGCUCUUCCCGGUAUAAACGGCCUGUCCAGUCCGAGGAAGCAAAUGGAUCUACUGAAAACUCCUCAAGAGAGGUUAAGAAAAUCAGCCUGGUGGCAGAAUUGGAUAACUGGAAGACUAGACUUCGAGGGAGACCAUCCCCUAGGCGAGGUGCCAGUCCCAGACCAGCCACUCUGUCAGACAGGCAGAGACUGGGAACCCUGGGAAGGGAUGAAUCCAGGACCUCCAAAGCUGUGGAGCCAACUCAAUCCAAACAGAGGAGCAUUACAGGUAUUCAGAGAGGAGAGCCAACACAUGGCGCGGCCACAGCUAAGCCCCAGUGGUGUGGAUCUCGACCUACUCAGACCACUGCUCGUCCUCCUCUUAUGGGCCCUCCCCCUACCCCUGCUUCUAGACUACCACGGAAGACCCUGGGGCCAGCUAGGAGCCUAAAUGAAGGCAGUGUUCACAGCGAACUGAGUCACAGCACAGGGAAUACUCAAGUUUUUGGAGGAGCUGCACAUAAACCAACCCCAGUGAAAUCUGUUGUACUGAAAGCAAAGUUAAUCUCAACCCCUGGGAAAAACGCUGGACCAGCAUUGACCACAGCUUGCAGGCCUGCUGCGUCCUCAGACAAAGGAUCAUCAGCUUCUACAUUCAGCCCUCUGAAAAGGAGCGCUUCAGCAAGAUUUGUCCGAAGUUCAAGUGGACCUGUGGACAAGAACAAAUCCAAGCCCAGCUCCCGUCAGCAGCCCCCUCAACAGCCGGCAUCCCACCUAAACCAGAGCACUGGACCUCAGGAUGGGAUACCAACGAGUUUCACAGAGUGUGGGAAAAAAUACAUCCAGCAGCUCAAAGGACUCCUGACGGGCAGUAACCGUGGAUUUGAGGCAGUUGCCAUCGUCUUGCAGAAAACUUUGACAGAGCGCGAUGAAGCCACGAAGCAGUGCAGAGAGCUGUCCCAGGAGCUGGUCAAUCUUAGAGGAGAGCUGGUCUGCUCGGUCCACUCAUCCGAGCGCCUGGAGAAGGAGAAGGAAGAGCUGCGUGUGUCUCUGGAGGACGCACUGCAGAGGCUGCAGGACCAGCACCAGAAUGACCUGUCUGAGCUGGAGCAGAGGCUGCAGGCUUUUUAUCAGGCCGAGUGGGACAAGGUUCACCUCACCUACCAGGAGGAAGCUGACAAAUGCAAGACUCUCAUGCAACAGCAGAUGGUUGAGCUUAAAGCCAGUCAUGAAGCCAUGAAGCUGGAACUAGAAAACAGCCAUGAAGAACAGCUGCAGUGUGUCAAGCAGCAGUAUGAGAUGUCACUGGAAGAGCUCAGGAACGUUCACAAUGAGGAGCUGCAGUGUUUGGGCAAAACCUUAAAAGAUGCUGAAGAUGCUCUAUCCAGACAGAUUCAAGAGCUGACUGCAGAGAAUAAGGCCCUAAUUGAGAAGCUCACUGCAGAGGAGAACAGAAGGAAAGCGCUGGCUGAAAAGAGUCAGAAGGACUCUCACACACAGUAUCUGGAGCACGAGUUAGAGAGUCUCAAAGUAGUGCUGGACAUCAAAACCAAACAGCUCCACCAGCAGGAGAAGAAGCUGAUGGAGAUCGACAAACUGACGGAGAAAAAUCUGAAGUUGGAUGAAAGCCUUCAGAAAGUCACGCAGGAAAAUGAAGACCUCAAAGCCCGCAUGGAAAGACAUGCUGCUCUGUCAAGACAGCUGUCCACAGAGCAGGCCGUGCUGCAGGAGUCCCUUCACAAGGAGUCCAAGGUAAACAAGCGCUUGUCCAUGGAGAACGAGGAGCUGCUGUGGAAGCUUCAUAACGGAGACCUGAGCAGCCCCCGCAAGGCGUCCCCCUCCUCCACCUCCCCCUCCCACUCCUUCAGCUUGCAGUCGCCUCGCAGCUCUGGGGUCUUCUCCAGCCCUCCCGUCUCGCCCAGAUAACGAUGGGCCACUGCUUCCAGGAAGCAGACGCCCGUGUUUGAGUUCUCCUCUGGAAUUAAGAGCCAUGUUUGUUUCCUGGUUAUUUACCAAAACAACAGUCUGACAUUAAACUCCUUCAGGAUCAGACGAACUUUGACACUUUCUGUGUAGAGAUGCUACAGACUGCAAAAACAAAAACAAAAAAAAAGAAAAGAAAAUGAUGCACAGAAGCACUUAUUAAGCAAGGCCAGCUUGUUGUUUGCCUUUCACGUCGGAAAUGAAAUGGGGAAAUGAUGGGGAAAUGAAAUCUCAGGACUUCUAUGUGAUGAAACACUAUUUUUGUUAUUUGUACAUGUUGUCGGAGGCUUGUCUUUCCUGAAGCUCAGCACAGACACAGACGUUAAGUACAGGCUACAAAUCACGCAUGCAGGUCUGCGGCUUUUUUGUGUCUCCAGAGACCACUUUGGAGACAUUUUAAAGUCUGAAAUCAGAAUACGGAAGACACUAUAUGUAUUUUUGACACAAAUAUCUAAGGAAUCUGGAAGUGCUUCUGUUGGAUUCCUGCACCAUUUCUCACAACCAUCAGACGUUUCACACUAACAUCCCUCUGCUAGUCGGUACAUCGGGACGGCAGAUGCUUCUGGCUGAAAGAGAAAUGCCGAUUUCCAUAUGCACUCAUGGAACUUCAGCGUUUCCUUAAGGUUAUGUUACUUUUAAAGGGUCUGGAUCGACAGUUCAAGGGUCACCUGUGGCUUCUAACACACGUUUCAUGUCGUUUUCAUGUUUGUUCGUUCGUUUGACCAAGGGACCAAUCAACACACGUCUUUGAGCAUGUGUUUGAGUCCGUCUCCCCUCACCGAAGCCUCCUAAUGCAGCUUUAAAGUCAGGGUCUUUUGCGGAGGUGACCAGAAACAGCUUUGAUUGUUAACGUCAGAGACACUGCAUCUUCAAGUAUUUCGUGUGGAAUCAGUACAUUAUAUUAUAAGUGUGUUUGAAAUAUGCAUUUAAUAAAGUCUUGUAUUAAACCUGAA